UUAAGGUAGCAGUGUCACGUGUUUUAUUUUAGUAUUUUCCAAACAACUUACAAUAGACAUUGUGUUACGCCUCUCCCUCUCCUCCUCUCUAUAUAACUAAGAUCAUAAGAUCACAAGAACUAGAAAAACUCAAAACAAACCAUAUAGUAAAACUUCACAUGGCUGAUAAUAACCAACAUUCUAACGGAAAUGUCAAUGAUGGCCUCGAAUUUUGCACACAAGUAACAGGUUCAAUUAUUCUUCCAUUGGCUUUAAGAACAGCCAUUGAUCUUGGUGUUUUUGACAUCCUAGCAAAAGCUGGUGAUGGCGCAGAACUAUCCGCAGAAGACAUUGCUAUUAAGAUUGGAACCAAAAAUCCAGAAGGACCAACAAUGUUGGAUCGUGUUCUUUGUUUCUUGUCAAGUCACUCUAUUCUAAAUUCAUCUGUUCCUCAACAUCCUCAAAGCCUUCAAAGAUUCUAUAGCCUCUCGAACCAGUCCAGGUUUUUUGUCCCCGAUUCCGAUGGCAUCUCGUUGGGACCGACAUUAGCAUUGCUUCUAGACAACGUCUUCUACCAAAGCUGGACGGAAUUGAAAGGCGCGAUUAUGGAAGGAGGUGUACCAUUCGAUAGGGUUCAUGGAAUGCAUGCAUUUGAGUAUCCACGUGUGGAUCCAAAGUUCAACGAUGUUUUCAACAAAGCUAUGGUUUGCACAACUACAAUAAACAUGAAGAUGGUUCUUAAUUGUUAUAACGGUUUUGAGAAUAUAAAUAAGCUCGUCGAUGUUGGUGGUGGUCUUGGAAUUAAUCUCAAAUUGGUUACAACAAAAUAUUCUCAUAUCAAAGGAAUUAAUUUCGAUUUGCCUCAUGUCCUAGAACAUGCUCCAUCCUAUCCAAACGUGGAGCAUGUGGGAGGAGAUAUGUUCGAGAGUGUUCCGUCGGGAGACGCAAUUUUUAUGAAGUGGAUACUUCAUGAUUGGAGUGAUGAACAUUGUUUGAAGCUGUUGAAAAAUUGUUACAAAGCAAUUCCUGAAAAUGGAAAGGUUAUUGUGGUGGAAGCAGUUCUUCCUAUAUUGCCAGAGACAAGUGCAACUGCUAAGAGUGGUUACAUGUCAGAUCUUGUAAUGUUGACACAAAAUCCAGGAGGAAAAGAGAGAAAUGAGAAUGAGUUUAAGGAAUUGGCAAAAGGAUCUGGGUUUAGUGAUGUGAAACAUGUAUGUUCUGUGUCUGGAUUAGUGGUUAUGGAGUUUUAUAAAUAGAUAGGGUCCCUCUAAUUUGUGUCUAAACAAAUGUUUACAUAUAUUUUAUAUAUUUUGCUUUAUAAAUGUGUGGAAAUUCUAAGGCGUUAGGUAUUAGAGAGGUGAAUGUAAAACCAAUUUAAGUUUAUUCGAAGGUUUUCUAUAAAUUUGUUAGAGCUUAAUCCUUUUAAUAAAACCCUCCAACUUAUAAAAUGUAUUAA